CUUUUCCAUGGAAAUUCUAGAAUGAGAAAAGUUAUAUUAAACAGGCCAGGCAAACUAAACACACUCAACUAUCAAAUGGUUAUGGAAUUAUUCAAAAACUUAACCAUUUAUGAACGAGAUCCCAGUGUUAAUCUUGUGAUGGUUAAGGGAAAUGGGAAGGCAUUUUGUGCUGGUGGUGAUAUUAUAGCUGUCUUGAAACUUAUUACUGAAGGACAUUGGAGCUUUGCCCUGAAGUUUUAUGAGAAACAGUUACGCCUUGAUCACAUGAUCGCCACUUAUAAGAAACCAAUGGUUUCCAUUGUAAAUGGAAUAAUUAUGGGAGGAGGCGUGGCCAUAUCCAUAUUCUCGAAAUUUCAAAUUGUCACAGAGAAUACGUUAUUCGCAAUGCCAGAGGCAGCAAUAGGUCUUUUUCCAGAUGUGGGUGCCUCAUACUUCUUGUCUAGACUUUCAGGUUAUUUUGGAGAAUACAUAGGAUUGACUGGAAUUAGACUGGAUGGAGCUGACAUUGUUGCAUGCGGUUUAGCAACUCAUUUUGUCCAUUCCAAGGAUGUUAAUCUUUUGGAGAAUGCAAUUGAGGAGUUAUCAAGGUUAUCUCAAACAAUUGACAUAUCAAUGCUCAAUGAGACAAUUAAUAUAUACGCUCAAAAACCUUGUUUAAAGCAAUCUAGCCCACUCAUAAGAUUGGAGAUGAUCAAUCGAUGUUUCUCAAACGAUACUGUUGAAAAGAUACUAGACUUCCUGGUAAAUCUAUCUACAAAGAAUUGCGACAAGUGGAUUAUUGAUACCAUAAAUUCAAUGAAAUCUGCAUCUCCAACAAGUCUCAAAUUGUUUCUAAGAUCGAUUCGAGAAGGCCGAACUCAAAAACUCGAUCAAUGUCUGGUUCGUGAAUAUAAUGCCAUUGCACAUCUUUGCGCACAAUCAUUUGUUAAUGACUUCCUUCAGGGAUCAAGAGCAAUGCUAGUAGAUAAGGACAAAAAACCUAAGUGGAAGUACUCCAUGUUAGAGGAAGUGAAAGAAGAAAUAGUAAAGCAACAUUUUGAGGAGAUGAUGGGUGAUGAAGAAUUCAAGCCUUUGCUUCUAGAUACUUCUAGAACCUCGAACCUUGACCGUUCUUCAUCAAGUUGCACCAAAAUUCUUCCCUCCAGACAUUAGGCAUGUAGCUGAUCCAAUUAUUAUUAAUGUUAUAUUUCAAUUAUUUGUUGGAUGUUCUAGU